AGUUCUUGAAGGUAUCACCAAGGCUGAGGAAAUCGAAAGUUCUGGCGCACGCAGCAGCGUUAGCAUGAAUGAGAACACGGAAGAACCGAGUGACAGACGUGCGAUGUGACAAGGAAAAGUUGCUGUAACGUUUAUCUCGUUUUCGCAGUGUGUCGUAUGCUAUGAUGGAGUCGGAGAACUGCGUUGUUCGACUGAAUGAGUUAGCACAGAGAAGCCGCUUGGAACUAAAGUAUGAGAACGUCGGUUCCGCUGGUCCUGAUCACAGUAAAACGUUUACAUGUAGAGUAGUCCUAAAUGGUAAAGUCUACCCCAGUGGUGUGGGCGGCAACAAGAAGGAAGCAAAGCAGAAUGCAGCCAAAAAUGCUCUCCAGAGUUGGUUGGAGGAGAAACAACAGGACCCAGCUGAUUCUAGAGAGAAUGCAGCAGAAAAUUCUUCUGUGUCAGCUCAUCAGAAAAAUAUCACUCAGCCCAAUUAUGUAUCCUGGCUCAAUGAAUACAGUCAGAAGAACAAGGUACUUAUGAAGCUUGUAGAAUCAACGGGACCCGGACCAACUAAUGCCAAUCUAGGUUGUAGGUUUGUGGUUGGUGAGAAGGAGUACCCCAUUGCCUAUGGAGAUACAAAGAAGGAAGCCAAGAAGGAAGCAGCUAGACUUGUCUAUCUAGAAAUAUGUGGGAGCAAAACAUCUGAGACUGAAGAUGAAAACUGUGAUGCAUCACAUCCACAAAGAGAGCCAUCGGAUCUAAUUGUGUCGGAGAGCCAUCUCUGUGAGUUUAGUAAGAAGAUAGAGAGACCAAGUGUGGAAACUGAAGAGGACUGUACAGACCAAAAUUUUAUAGGGUUGGUCAAUAACUACUGUCAGCAGAAGAAGCUUGCCUCUGACUUCGUGUUCGAGAAGAGAUGUGGUCCAUCUCAUAACCCUCAAUUUUUCUACAAACUAGUUAUCAACAAUAAGGAGUACUCUGUGGGUCAGGGUAAAACCGUCAAGGACGCCAAGCAAAAUGCAGCUCAGCUGGCCUGGCCUGCCCUUCAAGAACAGUUAGACUCGAACAGCCAGGUUUUGUCAGUUCUGUCGGAUGAUAUUACUGGAGAUAAGCCGUACACACCACCACUCUCACAGUAUUCAUUUAAUUCACAAUCAGAAAACAUGCCUGCUGGUUCAAGUGAUUCACUUAUUUUCAACAGUAAAUCAAAUCCUCUCAAGAUUCAGGAUCCUGAUGUGAAGCCCAAAAGAAGAAUUGCAGCACAUUUUGAAAGUGACUUUAAACACAGCAAAGAGGAUAUAGUUAUCCCUGAUUUCAAAGUGAAAAAUAUAGGAAAUGACACCUGCAAAACAGAGUCAGUCAUCUCAAGGUUCAUUUCAGAAUAUGACUUCAUUGAGUGUCUUGGCAAAGGAGCAUUUGGUCAUGUUUUCAAGGCAAGAAACAAACUGCUGGAUAAGUACCGCGCUAUAAAGAUUGUCCGCUGCAAAGAGAAAGCUCUGCGAGAAGUGCGGGCCUUAUCGGACCUGCUCCACCCUAAUAUUGUUCGGUACUACACAUGUUGGAUGGAGGACUCUGACUAUGAAAGGGACACUAGACACGAAAGUUCCAGCACUACUCAGUGAGUCGUGUUCACAUUUUAAAUAUUUACUGCACUAAUUGUUUGAACUUGACAGUGUCUAACCCCCCCCACCCCCUUUUUAAUGGAUUCAAGGCCUGCGGGUAAUUCACCAACACAGUACCUGUAUAUCGAGAUGGAAUUGUGUGAGGAAAAAACACUUAGACUUUGGAUAGAUGAAAAGAACAUACAGAAUGCAAAGAAGUCUUUGAAAGACUCAAAGAGAAGAGAAGAAAGUCUAACCAUCGCUCACCAAAUAAUCACUGGAGUCGAGUGGAUUCACCUAAAGAUGCUCAUCCACAGGGAUCUUAAACCUGCCAACAUCAUGUUUGGACCAGGUGAGGAAGUAAAGAUUGGUGACUUUGGUCUGGUCACAGCUGAGAUUGAUGACAGUGAGGAGAACCUCAAGGAGAGAACCGUGUACAAAGGAACUCCAUCUUACAUGGCUCCUGAACAAAAAAACCAGAUGAUUUAUGACCACAAAGUGGACAUAUUUGCUUUGGGGUUGAUAUAUUUUGAGCUUGUCUGGAACCUCUCUCCUGGCCGCGAAAGAAAAUUGAUUUGGGAUAAUGUCACAGCCGGGACCCUUCCACAAGGAUUUUCACAGUAUUUUCCCUUUGAGAACACCAUAAUCAAGUCAAUGCUGUGCCUGAAGCCAGAAGACCGACCUGAAGCAAGUAAAGUAAAGGCACAGUUAGAAGACUUUUUGCAAUUGCUCAGUACGCAAAGAAACUGGCAGUUUGACAGAAAAACUGUCAGUGGAGUCAGUCCCAGCACACCUCACUUAGGGCUUGUUCAGGCUUUGCUGGCGCGGAACGCGGCUGCUGUUUCACUUACCAUGGAAACCGGUAACUACAUCGCUGAGUUGAACGAGUUAGCUAUGAAAAGAAAGUGGGUGCUCACGUUUGAGGACGUUAGUGCCGAAGGUCCGGACCACCUUAAAACGUUUGUCCAGCGAGCAGUCCUGAAUGGUCAAGUUUAUCCCAACGGAACGGGAAACACCAAAAAGGAAGCCAAACAGAAGGCAGCUAAAAAUGCCCUGACAUGCUUGAAGGAGAAAUGUGACCAAGCUGAAUCUACCACAGCUGGGAAUGUCAGUCAACCCUCAUGUCAUCAAACGGAGAAAGUGAAUCAAAAACUUUCAGCUGUCUGUAAUAUGACAGAAAAGAUGAAUGUGAAGCCUAAGGAGCCCGAUCUUACAAGAAAUUACAUAGGCCUUAUAAACAAUUACUGUCAGAAAAUAAACACUUCCCAUAAUUUCAUUGAAGUGGAAAGGAGAGGUCCAUCUCAUAACUUUGUGUUUUUCUACAAAAUUGUUAUCAAAAAUAAAGAGUAUCCUGUGGGUCAGGGUAUAACUGUCAAGGAGGCCAGACAAAAUGCUGCUGCGCUGGCCUGGUCUGCCCUUCAAGAACAAUCAGACUGGGAUAGCAAGAUGUCAAUAAGGUCUACUGUGUCUGAAGGUGAGGCAUCAGCCAGACGGUCAACAGAUACAACUCCACUGGAUUAUGUGAGAGCAUUUGCACAAGUCAAGUCAGUGACAAGUAUUGACUCAGCAAUAAUCAUCGAUUCACCAAACAAAUCCAAGGAUGAGGGUUCUGAGUUUGAAAAUGUAGGGAGUUGUCACAGUAAGCCAUCGACCCAGUCAAGGUUUACAUCAACCUAUGAGUCCAUCAAGCAUCUUGGCAAAGGGGGUUUUGGUUCUGUUUACAAAGUACGACACAAACUGCUGGAGAAGGAUUACGCUGUAAAGAUUGUACGUGGUAAAGAAAAAGCUCUGCGAGAGGUGAAAGCAUUAUCAGACCUUCAUCACCGCAACAUUCUUAGGUACUACACGUGUUGGCUGGAGGAUACAUUAUACCAAAUGGACGAGGAGGAUGACAGUUACAGCUCUUGCAGUUCCAGCACUGCCUCCUCACAGACUAACCGUAACUCCUCUGUACAGUACCUCUACAUUGAAAUGGAGUUAUGUGACACUAAAACACUUGAAAAGUGGAUAAAUGAAAUGAAUGAGAAAACUGUGUCAGAUUUCAAGAGAAGAGCAGACAGUCUAAAAUUCACUCAGCAAAUCGCCAGUGGUGUCGAGUACAUUCACUCCUGGAUGCUCAUCCACAGAGACCUGAAGCCUGUCAAUAUCAUGUUUGGACUGGAUGAACAAGUAAAGAUUGGGGACUUCGGCCUGGUCACUGAUGAUAGUGUUGAAGAUGAGGUGAAUCUAGUGUUGAGAACAGAUGAAGCUGGAACAACAUCUUACAUGGCUCCUGAACAAAAGAGUGAGAAGUAUGACAGAAAAGUGGACAUAUUUUCUCUGGGGUUAAUAUACUUUGAACUGCUUUGGGCAUUCGUCACUGUCCACGAAAAAAUACAGAUUUGGGACAGUGUCAGAAGCCAAGAACUUCCGAGAGAGUUUUCAGUGGUGUUUCCUGAAGAGAACCAACUGAUAGUCUCAAUGCUCUGUAAAAAGCCAGAGGAACGGCCUGAAGCAAGGAAUGUGAAGGAAAAGCUGAAGGCUUGGGCUCACACAUUUGACACCAGAAAUCAAGUAAACAACACUGUUUAAUUUCUGAUGCGUUUGGGUAAUAUUGAAUGCUGAAAAUAUAAAAACCUAUUUUUGUGUUGGAUUUCAUGAAAUGGUUUGCUAUACUGUGGUUAUCGGGAUUCUGCAAUCCCAUUUUAAAUGGCCUUUUAAGAUGAACUGUGUACAAAGACAUUUACAAACCGUCACAUUGAGCCACUCAAGAUGAGACAGUUUGCACAUUGGAAGCAAUUUUAAGUUUCUAGGGCUUCUGCAAGGACAUUC